UGGUGGUGAUGGAGGUGGUAGCAGAACGACGGAGGUGUGGAGGUGGUGGAUGUGGAGGUGGUCGUGGCGACGGCAAAAGCAGCACCAGCAGCAGCACCAAGCUCCGUCACGUACGUUCUAUCUAUCAUCCAUCCAUUUCGUCGUGAAAGAGACAGAAGAAGAUUCUAAACCGAAGUACCAGUGUCUGAGAAAGAGAGAAGAAGAAAAAGGAAAAGAAGAAGAAGGAAGCAGAGGUAGAGGUAGCAGGCAGGCAGGCAGGAAGAUGAAGGGGAUGAUGCUGCCCGCGUUCUUCCUGGGCGUCCUCUUGGUCUCUCGCGUUCAGGCGGUGUCUGAGAGGUUGGAACUUGCACCAGCUGGAGGAAGAUCUGAACCCCAAGUCGCAACGUUAUGCGAAGUCGGUGAGGUUUACCUGGCACAACACAUGGGCGAGCAAGGUAGAUGGGUGUCGUCGACCGAUAAGAAGAGUUGUAUGACAGACAAACUCGAGAUUUUAGAAUAUUGUAAGAAGGCAUAUCCAAAGAGAGACAUCACUAACAUUGUCGAGUCGUCACAUUAUGUCAGAGUUAGUGGAUGGUGCAAACCUGGUAGAACCAAAUGUAAAUUGUCCAGAUGGGUUAAACCAUAUAGAUGUUUGGAGGGUCCCUUCCAAAGUGAUGCACUUCUUGUACCGGAAGGAUGUCUUUUCGAUCAUCUACAUAAUCAAACUAAAUGUUGGGAAUCUCAUAGGUGGAACUCAACAGCUGCUGAUACCUGCAGAGAACGUAACAUGAACCUAAGAAGUUUUGCCAUGUUGCUACCAUGCGGGAUAUCACUCUUCUCUGGUGUCGAGUUCGUAUGCUGUCCGAAACACCUGAAAGAAACUGUAAAAGUGAAGAAACCAAUCGAUUUACCGAUUCCAAAAGGAGUUGAUUAUGAUCUUGACGACGAUCUCGAUGACGAGGAUGAUCUUGAUGGUGAAGCCGACGAGGACAAUGAUUCUGAAAGUGAUCUCGAUGAUGUAUUCAGUGAUCAACCUGACGAUGACGAAAGUGACGAAGAAUAUUUAGACGAUUAUGAUACAACUACAAGCCGACCGUCCACAAUAUUCUCAACGACUGAAAAAGUUAAACAAGAAGCAACGGCAAUGCCUUUACCAAUUAGCAGCAGCACGCAACAACCAUCUCAAUCACAAGGUACACCAGACCCUUACUUGACUCAUUUUGAUCCACGAUCAGAACAUCAGAGUUACAAGCAAGCACAGAUGAGGCUCGAGGAAGUACACAAAGAGAAAGUAACAAAAGUGAUGAAGGAUUGGAGUGACCUCGAGGAAAGGUAUCAAGAUAUCAGAGCUCAUGAUCCAGUUGCAGCUGAUGCUUUUAAACGAUGGAUGACUGCACGAUUCCAAGAAACCGUUGCAGCCUUGGAAGAAAGUGGUGCUGCUGAGAAACAUCAGCUCAGUGCUAUGCAUCAACAACGAGUGCAAGAAGCUGUUAAGCAGAGAAAUGAAGAAGCUAUGUCCUGUUACACUGCUGCUUUGAAUGAAACUCCGCCAAAUACUCAUCGUAUUCAGAAAUGCCUACAAAAGUUGCUUAGAGCUCUUCACAAGGAUCGACACCAUACCAUUGCUCAUUACAAACAUUUACUCGACAGCAGUUUGGAACAAGCUCAACGCGAGAAACCAGCGACACUGGAACAUUUGGCAGAAAUUGAUAGAAUUACAAACCAAAGCUUAUUGAUGUUGGAACGAUAUCCUGAUCUGAGUGCAAAAAUCGGGCGUUUAAUGGAUGACUAUGUUUUGGCGCUUCGCAGUAAGGAUGAAACACCAGGUUUAUUGUUAGCAAUGACUCGAGAGGCAGAAGCAGCUAUUUUAGACAAGUAUCAAGCGGACGUUGCUAGCAAACAAGAAGAAAAAGAACAUCAGAAGCAAUUAGAACGUGCACGUAAGGAAAAACGUAAGGGUGAACGUGGUGAAUUACGUGCAGAACAAGAACAACAUGAAGAAAAUGAUUCAGUGAAUGACAAUAAGUAUUCUUCGCAGCAGUCUGAACAACCGGCUCCCGUUGCAACGCUGCAUAAUGAAGGAGUGGUUAGGGCAGCACACAGUAUGACUCAUGAUGCCUCACAUUCUGAACCGGGAUAUUUAGUAAGACGUGAAAUAUAUCACAAAGAGAGCCGAUCUGUCUAUUUUACGCUAGCAUUUGCUGGAAUCGCACUUAUGGCAGCCGCAAUCGUUGGAGUUGCUGUAUUCAAGAGACGUAAUGCGAGAAGCCCACACAGCCAGGGUUUCAUUGAAGUUGAUCAAGCAGCUACACCGGAAGAACGACAUGUAGCCAACAUGCAAAUAAAUGGCUAUGAAAAUCCGACAUAUAAAUAUUUCGAGGUGAAAGAAUAAUUGAUUGAUUUUAGUCGGAACAUUUUAUCCGCUUUUAAAUAAUAAAAGCUGGUCUCAAAUAGCUUUUUUUCUUUUUCCAUAAUUAUUAUUAUUAUUAUUAUUACUACUACUACUACUACUACUACUUACAUUAGUUCCAUUUAAAUUACGAACGUCUCAUCAAUUUAUUUUAUUUUCGUUAUAAUAUUGAUUGAAUAAUAUUUUCUAUGAACAAAAGAAAAAAAAAGAAAAAUAAACAAGCACGAGACACUUCCGAAGAUUCGAUUAUUUAUGCGCUUACAUUGUGCUUGCACAGCUAAAAUAAUACUCAUUUAAUCUGAAAUUAGCUGUCAUAAGUCGUAAAAUAGGCAGUGAUGUUAAUUCACAUAAUGUAUAGCACAAGAAAUUCGAUGAUAAUGUAUUUGUAUAUGUUUCAAUCCCCCCAUCAAUGAUGUUAUAAUGAAAUGGGGAGAAUUGUUAUCAUUAUAAGAUUGCGGAAAUUAAUACCAUCUAUGAUGACAGUGCGUAAAAAUUAUGAAGAAGAAUUAUCUAGAUAAGAAUCAGUGUGUAUAUCUUAUACAUAAUGAUGAUAUACGAUUUAAAUGUACGUGCCAUAUGGAAAUGGAUGUCAGAUAAUUAUUAUUAUUAUUAUUAAAAAAAAAAAAAAAAAUGCCUGUCUCUUCGGAAGUGCCUCCUGCUCAAUAAUAUUAUUUUUCAUCAUCAUAAAUAUCGAAGAGAAACUUUCUCAGGAAGGAGCAUUGCUCAUGAUAAACGAUUUUGCAUUAGUUUGAUAUCAUCUUUGAUAUUCCUUCAAUUUUUUAUUAACUUAUUGACUUUUUCAUCAUAAAAAAAAGAGGAUUGCGAGAAGUACCCGA